AAACUACGUUAUCCUUCGAUUGUGCAGUUUCAUAUUCGACUGCUUUCCAUGAUGCAAAAGGAUUUGGGAAAAGAGUAUCCUUGCCUUAGUCGGGAUUUAAGUGAAACUUCAUGGGCUCAAGUUCUUGGAGAAUACAUCAGUGAUUCUCAAAAACCAUUAAAGCGGUCACUGUCGGAUUGCUUAGAUAUGAGUGAUGAUAGAUAUGAGAAAUUAAAUUCCUCUAAAAAACUGCGACUCUUAAAUUUUCUAUGCGAUGAAUCUCUUGUCACCACAGAAUUCAGAAGCUGGAUUUAUGAACAAAACUCGAAAUUUGUCGAGAAAGAAAAGAAAAUGAAAGAAAAACUUCUUUCUCGGAGAGAGAGGGUAGUGAAGUCAAUAUGACAACUUAGCUCAAGCAAAUGCUAGUGUUAAUGUUAAAGUUAUGCCUUUGCUUGUCUGAUCAUAAUUCUUUGAAUAGGAGAGAAACAUGGAAAAAGAGAUGAAGCAUAAGUUGCAGGAUGAGAUAGCCAAAGCUAUUAUCAUGAAAAACGGUGCACCUCUUUCCAUUUCGGAGAAUGAAGAGCUUAUUUCUAGAAUCAAGAAAGAAGUGGCACAAACUCUUGAAGUGGCCUAUACUCUUGCAAGUACAUUGGAAGU